AUGAGUGCUACUGGAGGUGCAAUGCCAGUAUUUCUCACCUCUGUUGCACUCCCCCCAUCAUCUACGCCAAAUUCCACCAGUCCCUCAGCAUCCUUGUCUUUUCACUCUAUAUCUUCUGCAUUGUCACCCAGGCAAGCUACGGAAUCAGGAGAGGUUUCCAGCGUUGUAGUCUACGCCCUAGCACCAUCAUUGGCUGGCCUCAUAAGUGCCUCAACGCCAAGCUCUGUCCCGGUAGCGACAACGACUACAGAUUGGAGAACCCACACUGUCAUCGAAGACCAGCCGACAGGUCCUGCAUCCUCUCUUUCAGCACAUACUGGGAUUGUAGGUCAAUAUGGCUUGAUCAUCGGCGGAAGCCUGGGCGGACUGGCACUUCUAGUGGUGAUAGUCGUGGUUGCGUGGUCUUGCACACGAAGGAAAGCGGGACAGUACGCCAUGAUCGAAGAGGAGGAUGUGAUGCCAGACCCAUACAUAAUGUCAGGGCCUCAGCUUGUAGAGACCAACGUGUCCAUAGUCUCAAGCAUGCCCGACAAGCCGGAGCUCGUUUCGAUCCCAUGGAUUGACAGUGGCGAGUCUUACGUUGCAUGGAGACAAAUGCACCUUGAGCGGAACAUUCUUCCACCAGCGACUUCAUCGGCACUCACACACUCAUCGUCCACACGCAGCCUGGUUGAAUGGCGCUCGGACACGCUGGACCCUACAGAGCAACACAACGAGUCUUCACCUCCUGCUCAAAUGGUCAAGGAUGACCCAGAUGCCGAACUCGCAAUAUUAGGGCCUCCUGAACAUACCGACCCUGAACAUAUCGACGAUAUCGCGGACGAGAAGGCGCCUCAGAAUAUACCUCAUCCUUCGCUCGCGCACAUACGCGAAGUCGACUCUGGGAUGCGAUUCCGAUAUGACGUAGACUCUACGAGUCUAGCGGCGACCAUGGCGGACCUCCCACCAAAGUAUACAGCGGAUUGA